UUCUAGUCGGAAAUGGAAUCAAAUACUGAGUCUACAAAUGUUACACCAUCGUUAUGACUAGAGAAAUGACCGAGAAGAAUCAAGAUCGCGUCUCCGAGUACGGUGCAAGUCACAGGUACUUCGCGGGCGCACGUCCUGACUAGCGCGGGCCACGUUCUUGCUACUCUCCGCGUCCACAUCGCGACGCGAUUCUCACGGCCCUCUCUGCAUACUCGCUUCGAGUCCAGCCUCAUCCCGACCUUUCCUCUCUUCUUUCUUCUAUUCUGCUCCUCUAAUUUCACAAUCCUGUUUCUCUACACGGACUUAUUUUCCCCCCUCAUGCACUCAUAGUCCAAUUCGACCAUGUCCGACCCGGAGCUUUCAGUGGCGGCCCCGUCCUCACCGUCACUACCGGCCGCCGACUCCAAUGCCUUGACCUACGCCUUCUUGGUACACUCCCAGAAAACCCUGACACAAAAUUUACCUCCACGAGUCGACAACAAGUUGCUCGCUCGUCAAAAGCGGCGUCGGACGAGCCCGGAGGACCAUGCCAUCUUAGAAGCCGAGUACCAAAUCAAUCCAAAGCCGGACAAGGUUGCCCGCACACAUAUUGUGAAUCGCGUCUCGCUGGGCGAGAAAGAGGUACAGAUUUGGUUCCAGAAUCGCCGCCAGAACGACAGGAGGAAAAUGAAACCUCUCCAGCCUCACGAGCUGCUUGCACCGCGCUCAAGUAUGUCCGACUCGUCGGGUCACCCAGCAAGUGAUGAUAACGCGUCCGCGGAACCGGGGUCGUCGAGUGGGGCGGAGCAGGUUGAGAGCCAGGAACGACCGGAGGAAUUACCACCAAAAUCCUGGGGUGGGGAUCUGUUGCAGUUGUCUGAUGAAUCUGAUCCGAUUAUGGGCGAGAAAUAUGAGAUGGACACGAUGUUGCAGAGCACGCAGACUAGUGUGGCCACGGAUGUUAUUGAAGAGACCCCGCCAACCACGCAGGAGGAGUUUUAUGGCGCCGAUUCACAACAAAGUCUGAAUGAAUUAUCACCGGAGGAGUCGCUGCAAGUUCCCAAGCGGAAACGGUCCAUGUCGGAUCUUCGGGGAGAGGAAGCGAGCGAGCAGCCCGCGGUGCAUAUACAUACCACACCUGUGAAAUCACCACCCUCGCUGCGUUUGUCGCUAUCCUUCGAUGGCGAGGCCAUGGUGCGGAAGGAGGAUGAGAUGACGCCGUCGCCGCCCAAGGGUCGGAACUCACUGCGGAUCGCAAUGUCCUCGGAUGGCAAAGCUGUGAUCCGUGGAGAGAACGAACCUUCCCCAUCCAAGAACCGCGUGGCCAUGUUCUCUGUCCGUCGGCCUAAGAUAUCAGGCUUGCGUCGCAGCAGCAGUGCUAUCUUCCCGGCCACGCCGCGGGCCGGCAUGACCGAGAACGAUCGAGUCUUCGGUCGCUCUCGCGACCCUCGAAACUGGGAGUCUGCCUUUGACACAGAUGCACGAAGUGCCCUGUCCACCCCAAUGUCCUCUCAAACAGCCCCCACCUCUUCCCCGGGACUCUUCCAGUCACGCAGCCAGCGCUCUCUGACCCGGAGUGCAUCGCAACGGCAUAGCCUGGUCUCGGUGCAUGCCGACUCGGCUCGUACGCCGAUCUCUCAAUCAAUGGGAGAGAAAAGGCGAAAACUCUCUCGGACCGUCUCAUCUCUUGGCAGGUUAGAGACGGAGCGGAAUCGGGGGUCUCCCUAUCAAGUAUCCAAACUGUCCAAAAACAUGAUAUCCAAGUCUGGCAAGCAAGAUUUUGAGCUCGAUCCCGGUGAUUCCGACAAGGAGAAUUGGAUCCCAGGCACUCGCUCCACACAAAGUCGUCGGCGUACCACCUCACACGUCCCGCGACCCGUUCUGCGUGAUGCCAACCGCAAAAGCGGCAUCGUGUCCGGUAGCAAACGCAAUCGGCAAUACCCAUCCGGAGUUCAGGGUAAAGCAGGCCCCGAUCUGAGCGCAGAAGUAUCAGCAUUCAUGGUUGGCGGUGCCGGCGGCAGUCAAGAAGAUGACUUGGACUGUGUCCAAGGUCUUCUGUCCCUCAGUCAAGGGGCAUGGCGAUAAGACCCGAUAAAAGAAGGGCGAGAAAGAGCCCAUGUGUCGAGGUCAAUGUCAUUUACCAAUCACCAAUUCCCCUUGUUCUCAUCCAUUUCCUUUGUUCACUUUCACAUCUUUUUCUUUGUCACUUUGUCUUCAUGACUUUUCGCAAUGUGUGCUUGCAAGCGGUCUUUGCCACAUCUGUCACGUGAACCCCAUGAAUCCCUUGUUUCCAAGGUCGGUCUGGCAUCCUGUCAAGGCAGUUGCCCUUUUUUAUGUUUCUCCUGUACUCCUGCGUUGCUUGCUUCGAGUUUUUCCUCCCCUGUUUUCGGAGUGAAUUCCGACCCUGCGGUAGUCUCGAAGAUGUGGAUUAAAGGAGGUGAUGUGUCUGACGGCGGGGUGCGGAUUGCGGGAGAAAGCUCCCGGUUUAGAAUCUACUAAUCCUGGAAUGAAAUCCUAGUUACGACCAUUUACAAAU